AUGAGUUUAAUUGAUAAAAAUGAGAGCAAUAUAAUUGCAGGCCCAUCUAAUGGUUCUGGCAUAGAAGCAAGAGUAGAAAAUACACAGAGACCAACAGAGCAGCAAAGAGGUCUAAACAAUGAUCUUCCAACAACCUCAGCAGGUGCAAAUCAUUGGAAUAUGGAGGUUCCUAGCGAAACUGAAGGAAUGCAAGCAGGCACAAAAGAAAUAAAUUUUAACAAUGAGUCUGUGCUGACUAAAACCAUGAAUGUUUUAAAAGACAAAGCAGGUGAAGCAUACAGCACAUUAAAUAAACUUGAGACAGUGUAUGUGGAUAAAUUCGCUGAGAAAAUGAGAGCAGUAGGUCUCCCAAUUACUGAAGAGACACAUGACUAUACUGAGCUCAGGCCUAUGGGAGGACCAGUUGUUGAAAAGAACUCGCAGGGAAUAAAUACUGUGGAAGGUACUAUGUACACUGAAAGUAAGCCUGAAGGAUUUGACUGGGAGAAGUUAAGAAGAGACCGUGAGAAUGCUUUGAAUCAGAUAUCUGAUUUGAUAGGAACAAAACACUUAACGGCUCAUAUGAAAACAAUCCAUACAUCAAUAUUGUGCAUACUUACCUCUCUUCUACUAGGAGUAUCAUUUUAUUCUAUGACUAUGGGAAUUAGGCUGAUUAGCAGACAUUUUAAACUUUCAUUCUCAGGAUCUAUGCAUUCAAUGAGCUUGCUUAUAGUGACUUUAGUCGGGAUAUUAACAGCCCUAAAUUGUAUAAGUGUUUUAGUGAUAGCUGCUACUGAUCUGUGGUGUAGAAAAACCAAACCAAAUAUGGCUGCUUCAAUAGGAGUAUUAGUAUACGGUAUGAUAGCAGUUGUAUGUGGAAUAUUCUAUCCAGUUUCAUUAAAUCCAUACAAGAUAAGCGUAGACUUAUAUUGGAUUGCAGCCUCUCUUCUUGCAACUGUUGCAUUUACCAUAUAUAUAGUAUUGUUUAGAAAAACAAUCAAUAUUGGAAUGCAAAAUUGGGUGAAAACAUCUAUGUUUAAGCCUAGAAUCGUAAGAAUCAUUUGUUUCGCCACAUUGAUGGUAGCUUUCGUUGCAUUAGCAUAUUUUAUUCAGAAAACAAACACAAAUAAUGUGACUGUUUGA